AUGCCUGAACCCGCCAAGUCUGCUCCUGCCCCGAAGAAGGGCUCCAAGAAGGCUGUCACCAAGGCGCAGAAAAAAGACGGCAAGAAGCGCAAGCGCAGCCGCAAGGAAAGCUACUCCAUCUACGUGUACAAGGUACUGAAGCAGGUGCACCCCGACACGGGCAUCUCCUCCAAAGCCAUGGGCAUCAUGAACUCUUUCGUCAAUGACAUCUUCGAGCGCAUCGCCGGAGAGGCGUCCCGCCUGGCUCAUUACAACAAACGCUCUACCAUCACCUCGCGGGAGAUCCAGACGGCUGUGCGUCUGCUGCUGCCCGGGGAGCUUGCCAAGCACGCAGUGUCCGAGGGGACCAAGGCGGUCACCAAGUACACCAGCUCCAAGUAAAUCUACUUGGCAGCGGACAUCCUAACUUACAACCCCAAGGGCUCUUUUCAGAGCCACCUACUCUCUCAAAAUAAGAGCUUUAGCCCACAUGUCACGCUGUACGGAGCUGUCUCGCCUCUCUGUGUCUUGACUGCUUGCUUUAGAGACUAUCCAUCUCGAUUGGGCGGCCUCCUAUAGGAAGCAAUAGAAUUCCAACCCCCUACCCCCAGUGCCAGGUCGAUGUAGUAGUAGCAGCUUAGUAAUAGCUGUUAUCAUACAGCGCUCCUAUCUUGCCUGAAUCCAGCUUCUCAUUGGGGGACGAGUAGCCCCACCGCAUUUCAAUAUGGCUAGCUUUACAGAAGAGUCAAAACUGCACAGAGGACAAAUAAAAAUCACUGAGAGGUCGAAAUUGCUGGCAAACCUGGAAAGCAGGGGAGACAAAUUAGGUAUACCUCAUGCCAGUACACUGAAGGAAAUUCCAAAUGUUUCCGUCACUUUAAAACGAAUUAGAAAUCGGACAAAUUAAUUUCAGAUGUAGACGGAAAUCCCUGUGAACCCGCUGCUGAAGGGCCGCACAAGAUAAAAAGGACCCUUUUGAUUGCUGGAAAUAGAAAAGCUUGGGACGGAGGGAAGGGGGUCUAACAAAAAAUAAAUGUUAUUAGAAUUAGAACGAAUGUGGAGAAGGAGGGUGUACUCUUUAAAAAGGGUUAAGUGACUUGCCCAGGGUCACACAGCUAAGAAAUGUGAAGUAUCUGAAACUAGAUUUGAUUUUGCGUUCUCGUGACUUCAGGGCUCGUGCUCUAUCCACUGCGCUACCAGCUACCCUGAGAUUCAUUUAGUUAUAAUAUAAACUGCCAAAAGACAUGAGCUGGCAUCAAUAAUCGAGAGUGGGGACGGAAAAGGCGGGAAAAUGCUAGAAAUAUGCAAAUUUAAAGCAACUACAUCCAUCAGUUGGACAAAGAUAACAAAAGAGGAAAAUGAGAAAUGUUGGAGGGAAAGUCACAUUGUUGUACUGCUGAAACAGCUACAAAAGGGGCACAGAUUAGUCUUCACUAAACUGAUAUGCUGUGCAGCUGGGACCCUUUCAGAGAAGUAGAUCUAUUUCUUCCCAGAGUCUACCUUCUUCAGACCUCCUUUAUUCCCUUUUGCUUGUCUUACCUUAUAACUCCCUACUUCCUUUAAUGACACUCCCAUUUGGCAAGGGAUUAUCCUCCAUUUAAUUUUUCGUCUUAUCUUUUCCUGGCCCUUUAUUGCAUGCUUUGUCUGUAAAAAAAAUAUUUAUAGGCCUUUUUGUGGUAGUAAAUUAUUAACUGAGGGGAUGUCCAUGAAUUAAGGAAUGGCUGAAUAAGUUACCAUAUAUGAAUGCAAUGGAAUACUGUUGUGCAAUAGGAAAUUAUGGACAGGAAAAUUUCAGAACAAUAUGGAAAAACUUGUAUAAACUAAUGCCACGUGAGAUGUGAUCAACUAUGAAUGACAGCUCUUCUCAGCAACAAAAUGAUAUAACAAGUGCAAAGGAUUCGGGAAGGAAUAUGCUUUCCCUGUCCACAUAAAGAAAUAUCUAUGCAGAUAAAGGCACUUUUUCUAUUUAUUUAUUAGUCUUAGUAGCAUUUUUCAUUUUGAUCUUUUCUUUUACAGCUGUGAUUAGUAUUGAAAUAUGUUUUACUUGAUAGCUUAUUGCUUAUUAUUUUAGGAAUUGGAGAGGGAGAAAAUUUUGGGAGUCAAAAUGCUAAAAAUUAUCUUGAGGUAUUUGGGAAAAAAUAAAACACUAAAAUUUAAAAAUCUUAUAAUCAAACUAAAAAUUAUCAAUAAUCACAAUUUCACAUAACUUUCAUGAUUAUUCAAGUUAAAUACAAGAGAAAUUAAUAUGCAUGUAGAACCCAAAGUAUACAUACAGAAGUUUGCAUUUUUAUAAAUGACUGUUUACAAA